AUGAUAAAGCCUAUACGACUUUGGUUGAUCCCAUCUGGUCCAACCCCUUAUAAGGUCACUAUCGUCCUAGAGGAGCUGAAAAUACCAUACGAGAUCACAUUUUUCGGAUUCGGAGAGGUCAAGAAGAAGCCUUUCAUCGACAUCAAUCCUAAUGGCCGGGUUCCAGCGAUUGAGGACCCUAAUACCAACCUUACGCUCUGGGAGUCCAGUGCCAUCAUCCAGUAUUUGGUUGAGCCGUACGACACGGAGAAGGUCUUGACGUUCGAUUCGUUGGUCAUGGAGCGGUACACGAAUGAAGUAAGGCGCUUUCUCAGGCUCCUGGAUAGCUGUUUGGACGGAAAGCAGUGGUUAGUUGGCAAUAAAUGCACAUUGGCCGACCUUGCUUUCGCGCCUUGGAACAGUAUGGUCGGAACCCUUCUGUCGGUCUCCGCGGAGCAAAAGUUUGACGAGUUUCCAAGCGUGAAACGCUGGAAUGAACGAAUGCCUUCCAGACCCUCGUGGAAGAAGGCGAUGGACACCUGGGCGAAGUUGAUGGACGAGCAGGGUCUCCAAUGGAAUGGUAUGUCUAAGGGCAUCAGCAGCAUCGAGACGUACGAGGAGAAAAGAGAGAAAGAUGAGUUGGUGAAGGCUCAAUACUGA